GCACUGCCGCUUCACUUGGCAGUCGCCAUGGCAGCGGUCCGGUUCGUUUUCACGGCCCUCUUGGCGCUCGCUUGUGCUCACGCACAUGUGGACGUCGAGCCGCAAGAUAUCCGCAUCAUUGGAGGUGAUGACGUCGACAUUGCGCAGUUUCCCUACCAGGUAGCCCUGUUUUACUUCGACGAGUUCCGUUGCGGUGGUUCUAUUCUCAAUGAGAACUUCAUUCUUACGGCCGCCCACUGCCUGCACGAUGUCAAAUUUGACUGGCAUGUGUCCAUCCGCGCGGGGUCCACCAAGCGUUCCUUCGGCGGCCAGUACAUCAGGGCCUCCAAGAUUGCAAUGGGGGAGGGCUUCACAAUGAAGAAGCUCCACAACGACGUUGGCAUCGUCAAACUCGAAACUCCUCUCAACUUUACGGACCUAGUGAGGCCUGUCGAGCUGGUCGACGUCGGUUCGGAACCCCAACCAGGCUCCACCAUCACUCUCAGCGGCUGGGGCGUGACCAACGAAAAUAGCAACGUGGCACCCGAGGGCCUCCGCACCACGACUGUGAAGGCAGUUAACCGCUUGGUCUGCAGCGUCCCGUACUUCCUCAUCAACAGGAUUACCAAGGACAUGUUCUGCGCUGCCGCUCUCGGCAAAGACACGUGCCAAGGUGACUCCGGUGGCCCCGCCGUCAACGGCGAGGGCAAGCAGGUCGGAAUCGUCUCCUUUGGCAUGGGUUGUGCCAACGUGUUGUUCCCAGGCGUCUACACCAACCUGGCCAGCAAAGGGAUCCGUGACUUCAUCGACAAGAGCCUUCAGACGAUGUAGACAAAUAAAUAGCGAUACCGAAUUACAGAUUGUAGUGUUCCAGGUGGCAUGGCGAAGACAAGGUUAGGGAUCAGUAACUUAGACAACAGUUAGAUACUUCCAUGUCUAAUCCAAAGGCUUCUCAGUCGUCAAGUGGCAGAUACGAGCUGACUUAUGUACGGUUUAGAUUAAAUGCAGGUAAAUGCAUAUA